GCCGCAACACUCAACCGUAGCAUCAUGUCUGGACGUGGAAAGGGAGGAAAGGUGAAGGGAAAGGCAAAGACCCGCUCCAGCCGUGCCGGACUUCAGUUCCCCGUCGGCAGAAUCCACCGUCUGCUGAGGAAGGGCAACUACGCCGAGCGCGUCGGUGCCGGCGCCCCCGUCUACCUGGCCGCCGUCAUGGAAUACUUGGCCGCUGAAGUCCUCGAGUUGGCCGGUAACGCCGCUCGCGACAACAAGAAGUCAAGAAUCAUCCCCCGUCACUUGCAGCUCGCCAUCCGCAACGACGAGGAGUUGAACAAGCUGCUCUCCGGCGUCACCAUCGCCCAGGGAGGUGUCCUGCCCAACAUCCAGGCCGUCCUCCUCCCCAAAAAGACCGACAAGAAGGCAUAAGUCGUCAUCAAA